CCAUGGUUGGAGAAGCAUCAUGGCAGGGAGAGAGGUCCUGAAAAAAGGAUUAGGCUGGACAACAGGUGAUGGUUCAUCUAUAAGUGUGUGGAAGGAUCCCUGGCUAUCUACAGACCUUCCUCGCUUACCAAUUGGUCCACCAUCAGAAGAGAAUCGUAAUCUAACGGUUUUUCAUGGAAAAAACAAGAGAUAUUGGAAAUAUCAAGGACGUUUCCAAGUAUUUAUGCUUCAAGGAAGAAUAAUGAGUUUUCAAGCAAAAAGGAGUAAAAGUCGAUCAAAUCCCGUUUCAAGACAGUUUCUGUACUUCAGAAGUAUGGCAUCCAUUCGAGGUCUUCCCAAUCACCAAAUCCAGAGAUCGCGAUGGAUAUGGAAAUCUAGAAGAGUCAAGAUUUGCCUCGAAGUAGAAUCAAGACAAACCAUUCAGCCAUUAAGAAGUUAUGCGAGAGGAGUUAAGACAUGUCCAGACCGGCCUGACAGCCCCACGACCGUUCUGGAGCCCCCAAGCACCACCGGUCAUGAAGCCCGUGUCUGGGCUGUCCCACCGGUCACUCACCUCUUCACCUGGUCAAGAAACUCGAGCCAGCACUUAACCUAAUUCAUGAGAAAUGACGAUUUUGCCCCUUGACCUAAUGGAAGCCUAUAAAUACCGAGACAAAGUGAUGAAACCCUACGGCCUCUUCACCCUAAUUUUGACAGCCUCCUGCAGCUACAUCAACAAGAAUCUCAACUCUCCUAGCUCCACCUCGCCGAAGCUCUCUUGCCAUCGAAGAAGUCGUCCUUUGAAGCUCUCGCCUUUGUUCUUCAUAGUUUUCUUUUCUACUCUUUCUUCUACUCUUUCUUUCAAGACUUUUGGGGAGACAAGUAUCUUUUGUAACACUAGAGAAGUCUUCUUUGAACCCCCCCUUUGUUUUAUUGAUUUGUUUAUUAUGCUUUUCUACUUCAACUCCAUGUCGUUUCUUUGCAUCAUGAGCGAGUAGUUUUCUUUAUUGCGUUUUAUGGGGUGAUUCAAAGGGGAUUCAUGGUUCAAAUCAUAUUAGGUUUAUA